CCUUUUGUUUAAAGACUAAUGUCAGAUUGCAAUAUAUGGACAAAGACUUUGGGAACGACUUCUUCAACCUCACCUCAACUUCUGACCUUAAGGACUUGGGAACAGUCAAGGUGAUUCAAGAAAAACCCAUUGAAACUUUUGUUGACGUCAUUGAAACAGCUCCAUCUUCUUCUACAGUUCACUCUGACGACAGCAGUUCUUUAUCCUCAAAUGACACUAUAAUCCUCUCCUCCCCUGAAUCCUUGUCAUCGCGAACACAACAGUGUCAUAUGGCCAGUCAACUUUCCCAUUCCCAUAUUUUCAUAUGACACUGAACGUCAGCUAGAGAAGGGGAAUUCUGAGUAUCAAGCAAACAAGAAAAUGUUGACAGUCACGUCCCGAAUGAAGACUGACAUCCUAAGUAGAUUAAUAGAAGAGAUCUACCAAUACAGAGCCUACCCAGAGGAUGCACAUUUCUGUGUAGUUGCAGAGGCCUUGGUUAAAAAACAUCCGUGUUUAAAAGAGCCUGAUUCAUUCAAUGGUUGCUACGGUUGAAAGCAAAGGCUGAAGUACAAAAUGGGAAACUACAGGACUCUACUCAAAUCACAAGGAUGUCCAGAGUUGUCUGUGAACUCGCUUAAAUCCAAAGCUAGUAUUUCUGUUUUUCCCGCUGCAAAAAUAAAGAAGCCAAGACGAGCUGAAGCCAACUUUUAUCCAUCCUUUCCAUUGGGAGAAACACAAGAAAGCAUGGAAAAAGAGAGAAUUGAACUCUUGACAUCAAUCAAAAGGAGGAACAAUGACAGGGUCAUUGCGGACAAAAUGGCUCGUACCUUUGCCUACAGGCGUCAGGAGGUGGUGAAUGGAGAACCUGGUAUAGAGGAUUUCAAGGAUAGAUGGCCUGCUCUGUUCCAACAGAAAGAGAUUAAUGCGGAGUUCCAGAGGCUCAUGGCUCUUCCCCUUGAGCAGACUUUCUUGGCCCAGUUGGACAGGCACUCAAGUCAGCUGAUUAAAGUCAUCCAGGCCAAAGGAGGAGCAACACGUGCAAAAAUGGCUGCCAUCAUGAGAACUUAUGAUGAGGUUGAAGACAUUGGGAUUCGAAGGGAAUGUGUUCUGAAAGGCCUCAUCACCUUUCUUGGAGAGGAUGCAAAAGACCAUAUUAAGGAAUACUGUGGCAGCAGCGGAGAUGAUGCCCAGAUGGAACUCAAACAACUCACCAUGGCAGUGUUUGUGAUUCGGAAGGAGGGAGAGGGAUUGAAAGAACCCCCAGAAGACAUUGGCAUCGUCAUUGAGGGAGUGGAGGUGUUGCAUGACCUGACUUCAGUUGCCUCAGCAUGUGCCCUGCUUCUGGGUUUGAUAUAUUCCCUUAACCUGGCUUAUCCAAAGGCUCUGCGCUUCACAUUUGAAGUGUUCCAAAAAAUCUUCAUGCAGCUUGAGCAGCACAAGAUGUCUCCUAAAGUUCAAAAUUUGUUUGGAAGACUUCAGACCUCACAGUAAAGACACUGG